AUGGCGGAGGCCAUCCAAUUAUUGACCCAGUUGGUUGCCGCACUGGUUCAGCGACAAGAUGUAGACCUGGGAGACAGGACGGAUGGGAUGACCAUCGCUCGUAUCCAGGCCCAUGCCCAGAACCUGGAGGAGCAGCAGCAGUCACAGAAAAGUGAAUGUGAUUCUGAUAGAGGGCGCAGUAAAAAGGCUAGGUCUUCUGGGGCUGGCAGUAAGUAUAAAAGAGGGCAGAGGCAGCAAUAUUCCAGACGGGGCCAAAGCUCGAGAGUUCUGGGUUCUCCGUCAGGAGGAGCUCCCCGUCAGACGAAGUCAUCAAUUCCACGAUGCAGCCAGUGUAGGAAAUUUCACCCUGGUCCGUGCCGUCACGGCUCGGAUGCUUGUUAUGCCUGCGGACAAAUUGGGCACAAGAUGCGCGAGUGCCCAUCGAUGGGUGAUAGUGGUAAGGGCCAGCCUGCAGGGUCAAUGGCCGGUUCAUUUCCAUCUGUGCGCCCUCCUGGACAGACUUCCCAGGCCCCAACAGGCCGUGGCCGGGAAAGAGGAGGGGCACCCAGUUCAGCCGGUCCUCCGCACCGUAUAUAUGCAUUGACAGGACGGCAGGAUUCUGAACCUUCUCUAGAUGCGGCCACAGGUAUAUGA